AUGGAUUAUACAGGCCGGCCGACUGAACCCACAGUAGCUACGCUUUCAUCUCUACAUGUCUGUACUGAAACCAAAACGAGUGUCGGCUUAGUUACUCGUGUGAAUCCCGAUGGACAAAGAAAGCUCUGGGAAGCGAAAACCGAGUGGUGUUCGAAAGCGGACGAUAGCGCCGCCGGUCAAGUUGGCCUGCUUGGCUUGUGCCAGAGAAAGGGCCAAAAAUGUGAAUAUACGCCCAGCAGACGUGGAGGUGCUCGGACAGGCAGCCGUUUCGCGCAGGACGGCAAACAUAACAACGAUAAUAAACAGACCCAACCGUUUCCAAUCGAACAAUACAUUGAGCCGGGAGCUGGGCUUCGCAGCCUCGAAGAUAUUUGCCAGGACAGCGACUUUAUCUUUGAUAGCAUCUUUCAGCAUGAAGAUGCUGUCAUAUCCGAGUCUCAACCAUUUCGACUGGUGCCACCAUUGGUGCGCUCAUACCAGAGCAACGGUGACAUACUAGACGCAUAUUACAUCUACAUCCAUCCAUAUUUUCCAAUUCUGCCUCCUCCAACUUCAGCGCCAACUGACCGACCCAUUGCAGUUUCCGAAGAUGAUCAGAAUUUGAAUGAAGCCGAUUACGAGCCUUCUUCGUCUCUCAGCCUCGGCAUUUUGACCAUAUUAUCGUUAAUUCCUCAUCCAGAUGACCCGAAUCCCUGUAGUGAGGACGCCGUUGUAUUCCGCAGAAAGUAUGCUGAGAGUUUGGCUCAGGCAGCCUUGGAAAGCGUCAACAUUGAAACUGAAGUACCAGCCUCCUCGACAUCGCCUGCACAGGUCCUUUCUGAAGGCUCAGAUGCGUACCUGUGUGUGCCUUUUCACCCGCAUGUUCCAGUCGAGUUAGAGAGCAUAAUCGCCCUCUCCAUCUUGAGCGUAUAUGAAUAUGCACAGCGAGGGAACAUCAAAAGAAUGCGUCAACGAGCAGGACAGGCCCUCAUGGCAGCUAUGGAUUUGUCUCUCCAUCGUGAACCAGAAACCGAGGAACCCGACGAAUUCACAGAAGCAAGGCGUCGGGCUUGGUGGAUGACAUGCAUCUGUAAUUGUCAGGGAUCAGUUGUCAGCGUCACUGAACCGACAAUAUCUAUGGAUGACCCGAGAUUUACUACUCAAUAUCCUACUAUUCGCGCAGACUCAAAUGCAUGGUCCUUCUUCAUCGAUGCUCAACGAGCGAUCGUUUCCGCAACAGUGGCUGUAGUCGAACUAAAUAAAGCUCUGAAAGAUGGAACUGGCGUGCAGUCUAAGUUGGAACGCAAUCUCGAGCUUGAUAAUGAGAUAAAGUUGCUAGCUUCGAAAGCCGAUACUUAUCUGACUCCAUAUCCUCCAGCGGGCCUACUCGACCAGGGGGAGUCUGUAGUUGCGGAGAGUUUGAUAUUGAUAGGACGCAUCAAGGUGAACAGCGCGAGGAUCAAACUCCAUCGAUACAGAGCUUUCUUCGACGUCCCAAUUUUCCAUCAGAAACACUGUGACCUGACGCCGUCGCCUAGACAUGGGGAGGACCCAGGAUCAAAGAAAUCUCCGACAUGCUUAUGCCCCACAUCUACUGCUUCAUCCAUUCCACCUGCGGGUUCGUCUUUGCCAAAUACAUCGUCACCGAUGUCAGAUGUUAGCUCAGGCGUCAAUGAUCUUCUCAGACUUGGCAACCAGUUGUCGACCAAGAUUUGUCUCAAAUCUGCAUUGAAUAUUUCUCAGUGCUUUGAACGACUCCCAUAUCCCAACACUUUUGGCUCAUUUGAUGCAUUUCUGUCUCCGUCACCCCAAACUUCGGCAUGGAAGAUCAUUCUGCCUCGCACCAUGCCGUCCUUUGCAUGCUGUGCAAUGCAAAGUAGCUACUCAAUGUUGAUGGUCCGUCGCAAAGUGGAAAUUAUGCACCCCAAGAAUACUAUGGCCAACCCCAUGGUCGACCAAUUGCUUAGUCAAUUGCAAGAGGGUCUAAAAUCUGUCCUCGGAGCUCUCGAGAACUAUUCCAUCGCGUUCGAAGCGCUUGCAGGUAUGAGAGGCACAGAGAACGUUAUUUGA